AUUGGUGACGAACGGGUGGACUCGGGAGGAAGCACCUGGACACGCCUCGGAGCUCCGACCUCCGAAUCCGAGAGACCCCCAACUCAACUCUGACCCGCCGCAUCGGACGAAUCCGUGCUCCAACCUCCUCAAUCCCACCACGGCCGAACGAACCCGGGCGCUCCCUCGGACAAAUCGCGCCAUUGCCAAGAAGGCUCCCCCCUUCGACCUCGCCACCAAAUCCCCCGGCCCCCACCAUGUCCUCCUCCUGCGUCUCCCACCACCACCAGGUCCGCGCCCGCCUCCCGCUCCCGUGCCCACGCCCGGCGGCCGCGUCCUCGUUCGCGCCGCCGGCGCCCCGCCGGCGCCGGGCGGCGCGCGCCGCCGCGAUGAGCGCCGAGGCUGCCCCGGGCGUGGCGCCGGCGGAGGAGGCGCGGGGGGCGGCGGUGCUGGCCGAGAUGGUGGAGGAGGCCGCCGUCUGGUGCGCCGUGCACGGGCUCGUCGUCGGGGACCGCGCCGACCCGAGAUCAGGAACAGUACCUGGUGUCGGCCUGGUUCAUGCCCCAUUCUCGCUGCUUCCAGCGCGUUUCCCAUCAUCCUUUUGGAAGCAAGCGUGCGAGCUGGCUCCUAUUUUCAAUGAGCUCGUCGAUCGUGUGAGCUUGGAUGGGGAGUUCUUGCAAGCUGCGUUGUCUAGAACGAAGCAGGUUGACGAAUUCACCGCUAGGCUGCUAGAAAUUCAUGAGAAGAUGAUGGCAAUAAAUAAGAAAGAGGAUAUCCGCUUAGGAUUGCACCGAUCUGAUUAUAUGCUGGAUUCUGAAACCAAUUCGCUUCUUCAAAUAGAGCUCAACACUAUUUCAUCGUCCUUUCCUGGCCUUGGCUCCCUCGUCAGUGAACUUCACAGGACCUUACUAAAUCACUAUGGAAAAGUUUUAGGCCUAGAUUCUAAAAGGAUACCACGGAAUUGGGCCGCUACUCAAUUUGCUGAAGCAUUGGGCAAAGCAUGGACUGAGUAUAACAAUGACAGUGCUGUUGUUUUGAUGGUUGUUCAACCUGAAGAAAGAAAUAUGUAUGACCAAUACUGGCUUGUCAAUCAUUUGAAGGAAUCAUAUGGUGUGACAACUAUAAGGAAAACAUUGGCUCAAGUUGAAGCUGAAGGGCAGGUGCUUACGGAUGGAACACUUGUGAUAGAUGGUCGUGCCGUUGCUGUUGUGUAUUUCAGAGCUGGGUAUGCACCAACUGAUUACCCUUCAGAAGCGGAGUGGAGAGCGAGACUUUUGAUGGAACAGUCAUCCGCUAUAAAGUGUCCUUCAAUAUCAUAUCAUUUAGUAGGAACGAAAAAGAUCCAGCAGGAACUAGCAAAACCUAAUGUCCUUGAAAGGUUCCUUGACAACAAGGAGGACAUUGCCAAACUACGUAAAAGUUUCGCAGGUUUGUGGAGCUUGGAUAAUGAAGAGAUUGUGAAAUCAGCAAUUGAGAAACCUGAUCUUUUUGUCUUGAAGCCUCAGCGAGAAGGUGGAGGGAACAACAUAUACGGUCAUGAUUUGCGAGACAUGCUGAUCAAGCUCCAGAAGGAACAGGGGGAGUCACUUGCAGCAUACAUACUGAUGCAGAGGAUUUUUCCAAAAGCUUCUCUUACUCCCCUAGUUAGGGGCGGUGAUUGCUUCGAGGACCUUACAAUCUCUGAGCUAGGGAUAUAUGGAGCCUACCUGCGGAACAAAGACAAGGUGAUCUUAAAUAAUCAGAGCGGUUACUUAAUGCGCACCAAAGUUUCUUCAUCAAAUGAAGGUGGUGUUGCUGCAGGAUUUGCUGUUUUAGACAGUAUUCUCCUCACUGAUGAGUGAGACAGGAAAAGGACAGAGUUACAAGUGACAAGUGAACUGAACUAGUGACAGUACCCACAGUCAGAAGACCGCGGUGUCAUUAGGCACAAACUGAUCUUGGCUGCAAUUGGAGAAAAAUUGUGAAUAGCUUACAUAAUAACAGACAGCAGAUGCUACACCUUGGCUGUAGAAGAUGGUUUUGGUGUUUGCUUGAAGAAACCCUAGACAAGAAAACGGAACGGGAUUGAUCAAGAAGCUUAUGUUGUCAAAGUGUGAUGAAUUUGUUUUGCACCAUAGAGCCGAUGAUGCAUCCAACCUGAUGUUUCGUUUGACUGGUGCCAUUCUGUAUUUUGGCGACCUUGAUUCCUGACCAUGAGGAUAAUUUAUUGAAACUAACGAGGCUGUAUCUUGCGUAAGAAUUGAAUAGAGCUUUUUUUUAAAGAGAAGUUGUACAGCAGAAUGUUCUGAUAGGGCAAUCCCAACCCAAGACAUCCUUUAUUAAUAGAAAUGAGCACGGUUGCUUGUUCGUU